AAGAUGCGUUGUGAAAUAGAAGCUGCUGUGACCUUCCUUGUAAAGGUUCUUGCUUUGAAGAAGAAUCUGAAGCCCAGCCAGCUAGCUGUUUUAGGAGAGAAUAUGAUCAUCCAAUUGAAUCACAAAUAUACGGGACAUUGGUACCCAGAUAAGCCUCUCAGAGGCCAAGCAUACAGGUGUAUCCGUAUCAAUCCCUGGCAGUAUGUAGACGAUGCCUUGCUGCAGGCUUGUGUACGAAGUAAUAUAGAAUACUCAAAACUUGGCCUUCCAGAAGAGAUGACUCUUUGGAUUGAUCCGUAUGAGGUCUCUGGCAGGUUUGGUGAGCACACAGAUUACUUCACAAUAGCUACAUUCAAAAGGGAGGUAAUAGUCCCAGAACAAAUGAAAAGUUGUAGAGAACCAACUUCUGAUUACUCUUCAGAGGGACUUUCUUCUGAAUCUGUUUCCGAGAACUCUUCGGAUGAGGAGAGCCCUACAGAGAAACCUAACUUCUCCAAAAAUCAGAAUAAUCUCUCAAACUAUGACUCUGGCGCUCCACAGACACCGGAGAUCUCAAGCACGCUAUUUCCAGUUAGUGGGUCAGUUGAUGAUUUGAAGGUGUAA